AUGCUAUUUUGUCCCACACUUGGAGUUCCGACGAGGUUGAUGAAAUGCAGCUGGAUCACGGAGAUAAGAGUCUAUUCAAUUCCAGUGGUUUCCAAAAGAUUAAGGGAGCAGCGAUUUUGGCGAAAAGACAGGGAUUUUCAUACCUAUGGGUUGAUACAUGCUGCAUCAACAAAGCCAGCAGCGCCGAACUAUCUGAGUCUAUUAACUCGAUGUACCGAUGGUAUCAGCAAGCGAAAGUAUGCUUCGCGUAUCUUUCAGAUGUCAAUUUUACCUUGGCUCAAAACGCGAACGAAACGAGGUCCGCAUUUAGGAGCAGCCGUUGGUUCACCAGAGGUUGGACAUUACAAGAACUCAUCGCGCCCCGGGUUGUGGAAUUCUAUGCUUCUGACUGGUCUUACAUUGAUACAAAAACAGUAA